UCCAAUUCUACCAUAAAAUUGCAGACUGGCAAAUCGAGAAGAACCAACUAACAAGUACAGAAUACAGAACAUAAUCGAUUUCAUAGAAAUAAAAAAAAAAGAAGAAUAAAAAAGAAGAAGAAGACAGAGACCCCACCAGACUGCAACAAGAGAGCAGCAGCAGUUAUAUAAUUCAAGACUUGAAAUCUAAGAAAGAAACACCAACCAUCACAAGUUCAAAACUCUCUCUUUACCAUAACUGUCGGCAGCGCAACCACUUGAGAGAGAAAGCAAAGCAGCUCACAACUUGCUCAAAUCACACGCAGUCGGCAGCUCACAUAACAAAACUUCUUCUUCUUCUUCUUGUACGGUGCAAAAGUACUGCGAAUGUUCGUUUGUCGAAGGAGCUCAACAGUGAAGCUCCUCUGAUCACUCACAAUCAGCUCUGACUCUGAGUCAAGGCAUUUCAGACUGAGACAGAAAAAUUUGGGAUUUUGGGAAUUUGGGUUUUGAAAUUUUCUUCAAUGUUGGUCCAAGACCGUCCAGGACCCAAAUCACCGAAGCACUCUCACUCUUCUCAGAUCAGAGCCUCACUCUCUUUCGCUCCAAAUCUCGAUUUCUCCACAUGGGUCUCCGAGAAUCUGUACAAGAUCGUCACCGUCGUGCUUCUCAUAGCCACAGUCGCCGUCCUCUUCGUGCUUCGAAACAUCGGAGACACCGCUGCUUUGCUCUGCUUCGAAACCCAAGCCCAGGCUCUCGAGAAAAUUCGAUUGCCGCAGCUCGAAUCGAACAUCAAGCCCAUCUCCGACACGUCGUCUCCCUACGCGAGUUUCCGAUCUGAGAAGUGGAUAGUCGUUUCAGUCUCUAAUUACCCAACUGACUCGCUCAGAAAGCUUGUGAAGCUCAAAGGGUGGCAGGUCUUGGCAAUUGGGAACUCGAAAACGCCGUCGGAUUGGAGCCUCAAAGGUGCUAUCUUUCUGUCCCUUGAACAACAAGCUCAAUUGGGUUUUAGAGUUUUGGAUUAUUUGCCAUAUGAUUCGUAUGUUAGGAAGAGUGUGGGUUACUUGUUUGCGAUCCAACAUGGCGCGAAGAAGAUCUUCGACGCUGAUGAUCGCGGAGAGGUGAUUGAUGAUGACUUGGGAAAACAUUUUGAUUUAGAAUUGACGGGAGAGGGUGCUAGGCAAGAGAUUAUAUUGCAAUAUAGCCAUGAGAAUCCUAAUAGAACCAUUGUGAACCCAUAUAUUCAUUUUGGGCAACGCUCAGUUUGGCCGAGAGGUUUGCCAUUGGAAAAUGUUGGUGAACUUGGCCAUGAAGAGUUCUACACUGAGAUUUUUGGUGGAAAGCAGUUUGUACAACAGGGCAUAUCGAAUGGACUUCCUGAUGUCGAUUCUGUGUUUUAUUUUACACGAAAAUCGGGUUUGGAAGCCUUUGAUAUAAGGUUUGAUGACCAUGCCCCGAAAGUGGCGUUGCCGCAGGGUACGAUGGUUCCUGUUAAUUCUUUCAAUACAAUUUACCAUGCAUCGGCGUUUUGGGGUUUGAUGCUUCCUGUUUCAGUUAGCACAAUGGCUUCUGACGUAUUGAGGGGAUAUUGGGGGCAGAGGCUUUUAUGGGAAAUAGGUGGAUUUGUUGUAGUUUAUCCCCCAACUGUUCAUCGGUAUGAUAGAAUUCAGGCGUACCCAUUUUCUGAAGAGAAAGAUCUUCAUGUCAAUGUGGGACGUUUGAUCAAAUUUUUGGUUUCAUGGAGAUCAAGUAAGCAUAGGCUAUUUGAAAAGAUUUUGGAGUUAAGUUUUGCUAUGACAGAAGAGGGGUUUUGGACUGAGAAGGAUCUGAAGUUUACCUUUACUCGAAAGCAUGAUUUAAAUCAUUUUGGUAUUCUGAAGAGACAACGUUGUCAUAAAUAG